CUAACAGCAUUUUUGUCUCUACGAAAGAAAUCAAUUAAUGGAUCGUUUGACACAUUGGCUGCACGUGCAUUUGCUGCAUAUGAAGAAGGAGCUGAAGUUGACCCUGAAAAGGAGCACAUAGAAAGAAGUAUUUUGUAUGAGUAUAAGCAAAAACUUCAAAUUAAGAAUGAGGUUUUGCCAGAUCCCAUUGAUUUAAAAACUGGUUGGUUUAAUGAAAAAGAUGGAGUUAAGCUCUGGCCUCAUUUAUAUUUUAGUGAUAUUUCAAGGUUUUAUGCAAAAGUUCUUGGGAAAAAAUCUGAUUUGAUUACACGCAUUGAAUGUGAAUAUAAACAGGGAAAAGCUUAUAGAUAUUUUACCAAUUCAUUCAUUAGUGAAGUUUUUUUGAAUUACAUUAAUGAAAAUUCAACAUUUUGUAUUCUUUAUACAAAAUGUACGGCAUCCCAACGAGUUUUAAUGAAGCAAUACACUAUUUGGAUUAUUAUGCGAAAAGACAAGGAAGAUGCUGUCGGUGGUGAAAUAUUAAACGCUUACUGCACAUGUCCCGCUGGUCUUCUUGGUAGUUGUAAUCAUGUAGCAGGAUUAUUAUUUCCGAUUGAAGCUGCUAUUCUUAUAGGGGUCUCUCAUAUAACUUGCACUGGUGCUUUAUCUAACUGGAAUAUACCUACACUCAAAAAACAAAUUGAACCAGCAGAAGUAUACAAGUUCUUAUUUUCAAAAGAUAAUUAUUUGAACAAAGCUAUUCAAAAGAGCUCGGAACUCCAAAAAGAAAAAUCAAAUUUAAAAAGAAAUUUUAAUGUAAUGUCUGACAGCCAAGUAAAAGCUCUUUUAGAUAGUAAAUGUGUUCGAGAGGACUUUUAUAAGAAUAUUAAAGAUCUUAUUCCAAAAAGUUGUUUUUGUGAAAAUAUGUGUGCAAAGAAAAAAAUAAAGAUAAAUUUGUUUGUACCUACAAUUUUAGAAAUCGGCAAGAGUUUUAUAGAAAAUUGUGAUCCAGAACUUGAAAUUAGUUAUUUGUCUGAUUUUUUUGCAGACUCACUUUUUUAUUCAGAUGAGCAAAUACAACACCUUUAUAAAGAAACUGUUGAACAGUCAAAUAGUGUUAUGUGGCAUAAUCAUCGUGUUGGACGAGUUACAGCAUCGCGAUUCAAAUCAAUUGUUGAUACUGUUGACAAACAUGGUUUUGAUUUAGAACACCAUUUUGUUAAUAAUGCAUUCAUAAUGGGUUAUCAAACAGUAAAUACAACAUGGCAAAUGAAGCAUGGUUUAAAUUGUGAAGUCCAUGCUAAGGCAAAGUUUACUUCAUUGUUCAAAAAAAACUAUUCAAUUUGUACAUUUUAUGACCCUGGAAUGUUAAUUCUUAAACAAUAUCCUUUUAUUUCUUGCAGUCCUGAUCUUGAAUCAUUUGGUCAAAAAUGA